UCCGUCAAGUUGCCAGAUGCAGGGCCUGAAACCUUUACCUUUGGAAACUCAUCGCGCUUAUGCCCAUUCAUGGUUGAUGGUUGAGCUACCCUUGUCAUUUAAUUCACUGACGAUUCUUUCCAUUCCAAAGACGAUUUUUUUUAUUUAGUAGGUAUGACGGCUCGCCGCUGUAUUGUCUAAUUUUAAAUAUAUUUUUUAUUUAUUAAAUAUGACGGUCCGAUGCCGUAUUGUCAGGAUAAUUUUAAAAAUACGUAGAUAAAUAAUUCGUCCUUUUUGUCGUGAUAAAUUUCAAAAAGUAGCCAAAUAAUCUGGAACGGGCCUUGGUUUGAUUUCAACGCAUAUUCUUUCCAUAACUUUCUUCUUCUUCUUCAUUAGUACUACAACAUCAAAAAGGCUCGACCUGCCAUUUCUGGCUUCUUAUGGCUUGUUGUUUCUAUGGUUUUUAGUAGCUGGAUAGUCAGUCUUGUUUACGAUGACGUGGUCUGAAUGGGAUUUGAACCCUAGUCCUGCCAUGUCAAGACUAUGUGAAGAAGGUAUCGUCCCUUUCAUAAACAAUUCCGGUUGCAAAAUUAUUGAAACCCCCAGAUGCCUCUGGCUGUCACACCCCUGUAUGUGGAGAGAGAGCCAUUGUGCUCAUGCCCACACAAACACAUUAGCAGCAGAGGAACAUUUUCCAAACUCUGAUGCUCAAUCUUCGUUUGUCAGUUUUCGUGUCGUGUCGAAGCCGAACGCAGUCCUGUUUUCCGGGGCUGUUCUCUUUGUACAUAUGGUACAGAACAUCAGUACGAUACACAUAGUAGAAAAAGGACGUUGGUUUAGUUCUAAUGGAAAGGACUUUGCUGUGAAGGAUUUGACUUUGUAUCUUUUUGCAUAUCGUGCCAACCGUGUUUCAGGUUCUUCAAUUCAAUACAACAAUCAAAAUUUUUUAAGUGAAACUUAUUUUUUAUUGAGCUCAUAUAAACGGAGUAAAAGAACAUACGGACAUGUAGUCUAUAGUAAUGUGGCCAAAUAACGCUCCCCUUCAUGACAUUUAACGUUACGUAAAUAAGCAGGCUAUUGAACGUUGAUACUCUCAAUUGCGCUGAGGAGAAAACAUAAGCACUCAAUCAAUUCAACUGUUUUCAGGAGGUACUGGAUUACAAUUUGUAUUCAUAAUGGCUAAAUUGUUCCGUGAUUCCGUUAUUGUGAUCUUUAUAGUUGGUUACAUCGGUUUGGUUGAACCACGGGCGGUAAAUAUCAGCAACAUGUGGACUCUCCCUCAAGAGGGGUUUUCAGUGUUUUACCGCUACUUUCGUGAUAAAAUCUCUUGGUUAGAGGCGGAUGCUGUCUGUCAGUUUCAUCAUGCAAAUCUAGUCACAGUUGACAAUGGAGUCCAGUUUGACGCAUCGCGUGCUUUCCUUAAGGAACUUGACGUAACUAACGCGGUGUGGAUCGGACUAAAGCGUCCAAUAAAUUCAGCACGCUUCACUUGGACAAGUUCAAAGGCUUUGAAUCCAUCAAGUGGUUAUUGGGCUGAAACUAUUCCAGCAAUAGAACAACCAUUGUGCGCCGUAUUAGAUCCGAUACGUGAUUUCCGUUGGCAUGCUCUGCGAUGUAGUGGACCUGAAACGGCCGCAUUCCUCUGUGAACUCCCUGUUCCAACGUGGGCUGUGGACUGCACCGUCACUUCAAUACCAUCACUGACUGUUCAGUAUAUGUCUGACAGUGGUACAGUGCAGAUUUCACGGGAUUGUGGUGAAUCCGGAACGAAACACAUCUCUUGCCAAGGCAAACAAGACCGGAAUAAUAUCAUCGAGCAGCUGCAGUGUAGCGAGGAAGAGAAUUUGGCAUCGGUAUUAGCCAUCGACAACAGCAAUCAACUUCUGCUAAUGCUUGGCACGGAGAGCGUGAAAACGGCCAGCUCAACAAGUCAUCCACAUCAGCAGCCAAUUUUGGAGCACGAUAUAUUGACAGUGGUGUCCAGCAUCGAUCAUGAAAGCAACAAUAAAAUUGAGAUUAAUCCAAUCCAAAUCGAGGACACGGUGAAGAAUGUGAUCAAUAAGUUUAACCUGCAAGAUCUGAUGCGCAAUGAACAAGCAGGCAUGCAUAGUGAAGAAUUGGACACUUUAGGCCACGAGGUGAAAUGUCAUCGAAAAUCUGGCUACAGCAAAAACUAUUCACCUUUAUAUGAGAAGAAAAAUCGCUUUGUGACGAAAACAACCAACGGAUCGAAUUGGAACGAUAAAGGUAAUGAGGAUGGCGAAGACGAUGAAACAAUGAUGGGCGAUCAACCAAUGCAGGACGAAAUGGAAACUCCACCGAUUGAUAUCAUUCAACGAGCGGUUAAACCAACUGUGGACGGAGAUUAUCCAGAUACAGUAAUAGUUGGGAAUGAAGUAAAAACGGCGAAUAAUGAAACUGGUUCGUUUUCUCAAAGUGACACCAGUGUAACAUGGACAGAUUUAAUAACUACGCUAGAUUCGACUUUGCGUCGUGGAGCUGUCUCAGACGCAGAUGAAGAAUCAACUAUAAAAACACCAGAAUCAGUGGAUGUUAGUACUACGAUUGAUAAAAAUAAAGUUACCAAAACGAUGAUUUUCGAUCAAAACUCGAUUUCCUCUGUUUUGCCCGUAACAACCACGACGGACGAAUCACCUGCUAUAAUAACUACAGAGCCAAAUACAUCAAGUCACAUGAUACCGACCAUACCAAAAAGUGAAAUAAUCACCGGAGACCACUUCAAACCGCCGAUGUUAAUGGUAAAAGCCCGCUUCGUAUCUGCUCGUCCUCAAACAGAGUUGCCUGUAACCACUAUGAUACCUAAUGUACCGUCGACCGUCAUUCCAACGGAAUCCAUUGAGCGAUUUUCUGCUACCUUUGAGAUAACAGAUGACACCUUCCCGGAGGAUUAUCAAAAGAACGAGCCUUCUUUGUCUGUAGAAUCAUCUUCAGACAAACGUGUUGUUGAUGGUUUGCAAGAUAAUAUAUUGUCUUUAUCAACCAUUGCUCCUAGCCAAACUGACAUGCCUCUUGUAACUCAAGUUGCUUUAAAAGAAAACCAAUUACAACGCUCUGAGACGCUUGAAAUGCCUAUUGCAGGCACACGAUCGAUACAAUCGGGUACGACGACAACUGAGCAGCUUCCCAGUAACCAUGAAAUGUAUGAUCUCUCUCAGGCUGCUGCCGUAAUAUCUACUUUUAGUUCGACACAGUAUACAAGAUUUAUCACAACCCCAGCACCUUCAUCUCAAGAAUCUACUACUAAGCCAAAUCCUGUUGCGAUCGCAACGGUUACAAGAAUCGGCAAAGACAUUCAACAAGUAAAAGAUAUCACUAAAUCCAGUACUCUCAUGUCUCCAGAUACAGCGGUCACGAUAAAACCAUACCCCGAAAUAAGUGCAUUUUCUAGUAUUCGGAAAACGAUCUUAGGAGAGAUGAAACACAAUUCAUCAUAUGAUGAAAAUCCGAAGACGGGCAAAUCAAUCGGUGAAAUGCCAUACCUAUAUCACAAAACCACAAUUGCUGAUGAACAUACAAGCUUGCAAGACUCCAAAGAUACCCAUACGUACGAACAACACACAGAAUACGAUGAGCAAAAGAACUCGGAAGUACACAAUAGCUUUUCUAACGUGGAAAAUUAUCAGCCCUACAAACCUAAUCGUCACCGUACGCUUACCAAACCAGAAGUACACAAUAACCAUGGAGCCUACAUAAAAAAAAUACUAGGUUAAUUGUUGUGUUCUAUGUAUCAAAUUCCCUUAUAACUGGGUAAUUUUCCCAUUAUGGCAAUAGAUUUUUUCGUAUCAGGAGCAAAUAACAAGCUAUGUCCAAGUCUUCAAAAAAAUUUGAAUGUGUGCCUGAGAAAUGUUAUAAUUGGUGAAUGGACAGCUCAAUAAUGAUAGCAGUUGAAAGCAGAGAUUUAUUUGUACAAGCAACAAUUUUUCACCUGAGAAUACCACAAAUAUUUGCAGAAUGUGAGCAAUUCUGUUCUCGCUCCCCAUUAAUGUUUUAUCUCUACUACAUAAGACAGUUAUAAAAUAACGUUUGGAAUGAUGUAGUUGUAGUUUGAUUACAAGAUUAAAGCCGAACGGGAAGUGAUCAUCAACAUACUUUCCAACACAUUAUUAAGUGACACAUAAGAUAAAUAACAAUAAUUUAAUAAAUUUCAGUAGUGCUAAUGUUAAGAUAACGCUCAGUUGAAGGAAUAUACAGAUAAAAUCACGCAGACCGUGGGUUGCGCUCAGCUUGCUUAGUUCUUGUUUUGAUAACCAAUUCGUGUAUCCAAAAAGAAGAAGGAGAAGAGAAGAAGAAGAAUACAAUGAAAGCUAUUAAGCAUCGAA